CAUAUCCCACUUUCAGAGAUUUCUAGCUCUCUGCUAUGGCUCGGCCACUUGUAAUGAUCCACCCUCUACCAAACAAUUAUUCACAUAUUGGCUUCACUCUUGUGAGCCUUAUGGUGUGUGCCAUUGCAUUGCUCACGUGUGCUUCUCAUUCGCAAAAAUGGCAUCAGUGGAUCUCUUGCUAUGCCUUUGCAGAAGAACCUGUCAUAGAAUUCAACAAUGAAGCUGUCAUGAGCACUUGUGAUGAUGAGCAAGAAGAAGAUGGUUCACUUUGGCAGAAGAACAUUCUAAUGGGUGGGAAGUGUCAGCUCCCUGAUUUCUCUGGUGUCAUAAUAUAUGAUUCUGAUGGCAAUAUAGUGAAUCCUGCUAAAACUUCUCCCCCAUUACUAACCUGGAAAUAAGGAUUUUGGUUUCACUAUAUUUCUUCAUGGUCUCUCAGUUUCAGCAGUGAUAAUUGUUGUUGCGUAAAACUCCAAGUUAAACCAACACCAUACGUUGGCAAUAUGUCAAGAGUGUCUCUUACUCUCUUUUUGUAUCCACAUAUGAAGGUCUUUUGUAAUCUUUAAUGUAUGUCCUUAGAUACUCUGUAAAGUAAAACAUGAAUCUUUAGUUUGAAAUUAAGUACCUUCAUCAUUAAUUUUUGAGAAGUGCUAGUAACACA